AUGCCGCAGUCUCAUCACGGAUAUGCAAAUGCUUAUGAAUGUGGGGGUAUUCAGCAGCAGCUCUCAAAGUCUCAUUCAGCAGAAGCGAGUGAAGGUCCCCGACCACUUGGCUUGUUAUAUUCGCUCAGCACAAACCCUUACGAAGAGUCAAAAGAAAAUUUGUCUGUUAGAAGUGAAGUCGAGAGUGAGCACCAGUCACAGGUCAGCAGCACCAGUCAUACGUCAGCAACACAAGUCACAAGUAUCAGUGACAGGUCAGCAGCACAGGUCAGCAGCACCAGUCAUACGUCAGCAACACAAGUCACAAGUAUCAGUGACAGAUCAACAGCAGCACAGGUCAGCAGCACACAGUCACAAGUACAGUCAGCAGCACACAGGCCAGUCAUACAAACACAAGUCACAAGUAUCAGUGACAGAUCAGCAGCACAGGUCAGCAACACCAGUCAUACGUCAGCAACACAAGUCACAAGUAUCAGUGACAGAUCAGCAGCACAGGUCAGCAGCACCAGUCACACGUCAGCAACACAAGUCACAAGUAUCAGUGACAGAUCAGCAGCACAGGCCAGCAACACCAGUCAUACGUCAGCAACACAAGUCACAAGUAUCAGUGACAGAUCAGCAGCACAGGUCAGCAGCACCAGUCAUACAUCAGCAACACAAGUCACAAGUAUCAGUGACAGGUCAGCAGCACAGGUCUCAGGGUCUUCCUCAACUUCAUUAUCCCUUCCAUCUGACAUUUUUGGGCCAUCUUCUGACAUCACUGGUCCAUCUUCCACUGGCAUCACUGGGCCAUCUUCCACUGACAUCACUGGGCCAUCUUCCACUGACAUCACUCGGUUAUCUCCCCUGACGGAUUCCAGCUGA